AUGGUAGCCAUAAUCAAAAGAAGACAGGUAAAUAAUGGACAUUCACUGACCACAAUCACAACAGGAGUAGAGAAACAGUCAGUUUGAGUACCAACUUAUUUGGGUAUCCUGGCUUUACCAGCUCACACCACAGCAAUAAGGGCAAGCACAAGGGAUACCUUUGUAGUUGAACACUACAAAUAGGGAAAAACAGUUAGUAUGAGUUUCUGGUUUCCAUACUUACUGGUUUAUUGGUUGACUGGUUCUAUGAUGUCUGAUCUCUUGUGUUAUGUAGAUUAAGUGACACCGGUUUCUGCCGAAACAGUUCAUCGGCCACAUAACACCACUACACCUUCCACAAGUUCAGCUUUCAUUGGAAUCCGGUCAUACACAAGCAUCCAGACACCAUAAGGAAUCCAAUUUCAUACAAGUAGUAUCUUCCACAAGUUUCCAGUCAGAUAUCUGGAAUGUAUGGGGCAGGCAUCAGGGAUGCAGUUGUGGAUCCAUGAUCACAGCAAGUGAAGAGGUACAGUCAGUAUGAGAACUCACUAAGUGGGUGUGUUAUUAAAUCAGGUGUUUAGGAGGUCAAGAGAGCUCAAAAUUGGCCUUUUUAGAUGAUAAAUAGAUGUAAAUAGGGAAGAACAGUUAGUAUGAGUUUCUGGUUUCCAUACUUACUGGUUUAUUGGUUGACCGGUUCUAUGAUCUCUGAUCUCUUGUGUUAUGUAGAUUAAGUGACACCGGCUUCUGCCGAAACAGUUCAUCGGCCACAUAACACCACUACACCUUCCACAAGUUCAGCUUUCAUUGGAAUCCGGCCAUACACAAACAUCCAGCCACCAUAAGGAAUCAAAUAUUUCAUACAAGUAGUAUCUUCCACAAGUUUCCAGUCAGAUAUCUGGAAUGUAGGGGGCAGACAUCAGGGAUGCAGUUGUGGAUCCAUGAUCACAACAAGUGAAGAGGAACAGUCAGUAUGAGAACUGACUGAGUGGGUGUGUUAUUAAAUCAGGUGUUUAGGGGGUCCAGAGAGCUCAAAAUUGGCCUUUUUAGAUUAUAAAUAGAUGAUAAAGGGGAAGAACAGUUAGUAUGAGUUUCUGGUUUCCAUACUUACUGGUUUAUUGGUUGACCGGUUCUAUGAUCUCUGAUCUCUUGUGUUAUGUAGAUUAAGUGACACCGGCUUCUGCCGAAACAGUUCAUCGGCCACAUAACACCACUACACCUUCCACAAGUUCAGCUUUCAUUGGACUCCGGUCAUACACAAGCAUUCAGCCACCAUAAGGAAUCCAACUUCAUACAAGUAGUAUCUUCCACAAGUUUCCAGUCAGAUAUCUGGAAUGUAGGGGGCAGGUAUCAGGGAUGCAGUUGUGGAUCCAUGAUCACAACAAGUAAAAAGGUACAGUCAGUAUGAGAACUGACUGAGUGGGUGUGUUAUUAAAUCAGGUGUUUAGGAGGUCAAGAGAGCUCAAAAUUGGCCUUUUUAGAUGGUAAAUAGAUGUAAAUAGGGAAGAACAGUUAGUAUGAUUUUCUGGUUUCCAUACUUACUGGUUUAUUGGUUGACCGGUUCUAUGAUCUCUGAUCUCUUGUGUAAUGUAGAUUAAGUGACACCGGCUUCUGCCGAAACAGUUCAUCGGCCACAUAACACCACUACACCUUCCACAAGUUCAGCUUUCAUUGGAAUCUGGUCAUACACAAGCAUCCAGCCACCAUAAGGAAUCAAAUAUUUCAUACAAGUAGUAUCUUCCACAAGUUUCCAGUCAGAUAUCUGGAAUGUAGGGGGCAGACAUCAGGGAUGCAGUUGUGGAUCCAUGAUCACAACAAGUGAAGAGGAACAGUCAGCAUGAGAACUGACUGAGUGGGUGUGUUAUUAAAUCAGGUGUUUAGGGGGUCCAGAGAGCUCAAAAUUGGCCUUUUUAGAUUAUAAAUAGAUGAUAAAGGGGAAGAACAGUUAGUAUGAUUUUCUGGUUUCCAUACUUACUGGUUUAUUGGUUGACCGGUUCUAUGAUCUCUGAUCUCUUGUGUUAUGUAGAUUAAGUGACACCGGCUUCUGCCGAAACAGUUCAUCGGCCACAUAACACCACUACACCUUCCACAAGUUCAGCUUUCAUUGGAAUCCGGCCAUACACAAGCAUCCAGCCACCAUAGGGAAUCAAAUAUUUCAUACAAGUAGUAUCUUCCACAAGUUUCCAGUCAGAUAUCUGGAAUGUAGGGGGCAGGCAUCAGGGAUGCAGUUGUGGAUCCAUGAUCACAGCAAGUAAAGAGGUACAGUCAGUAUGAGAACUCACUAAGUGGGUGUGUUAUUAAAUCAGGUGUUUAGGAGGUCAAGAGAGCUCAAAAUUGGCCUUUUUAGAUGAUAAAUAGAUGUAAAUAGGGAAGAACAGUUAGUAUGAUUUUCUGGUUUCCAUACUUACUGGUUUAUUGGUUGACCGGUUCUAUGAUCUCUGAUCUCUUGUGUUAUGUAGAUUAAGUGACACCGGCUUCUGCCGAAACAGUUCAUCGGCCACAUAACACCACUACACCUUCCACAAGUUCAGCUUUCAUUGGAAUCCGGUCAUACACAAGCAUCCAGCCACCAUAAGGAAUCCAAUUUCAUACAAGUAGUAUCUUCCACAUGUGGCAGGCAUCAGGGAUGCAGUUGUAGAUUCAUGAUCACAACAAGUGAAGAGGAACAGUCAGUAUGAGAACUGACUGAGUGGGUGUGUUAUUAAAUCAGGUGUUUAGGAGGUCCAGAUAGCUCAAAAGUGGCUUUUUUAGAUGAUAAAUAGCUAUUUUUAUCAAAUCAUGUGUUUAGGAGGUCCAGAGAGCAAUUAGCAUCACAAUGUAUCACCAAAUACAUGUUUAAGAAGUCACUCUUGUUAUGCUUUGUGCUUUUUUCAACUUGAAAACCACAUAAUGUUAAUUCUCAAGGAAAGGUCUUAGAGAGCUAUUAAUCCAAAAAAUUGAAUUAAGUCACAUACCUGAUCGACAAAUCCAGGGCACAUGGUGGAGGGAAAAAACAACAGUGGCUUGGCCUCCAUGCAAGCUCUGGUUUCUUCCCCAUGACAAGCGAGAAAUCUAGCCACCACACUCCUUCUAAUAAAUAAUAUACGAAAUAUGAUAACAAGUACAAGAGUCAAUAUGUAAAUUCAAAUUAAUGUUUUAUGGCAUAAAGUGUACUGAAAUUGAAAAAACAACAACCGCCAUUGAUCAACACUCUCUUCAUCCCACUUAUAAAUCUGCUGUAUGUUGACUGCUGUAAACUGUGUUCCGUCAAGGAUUUGAGCAAGAGUGAUGAUGAUAGCCACAAUCAAAUAAAGACAGGUAAAUGGUCAUGCACUGACCACAAUCACAACAGGAGUAGAGAGACAGUCAGUUUGAGUACCAACUUAUUUGGGUAUCCUGGAUUUACCAGGUCCACACCACAGCAAUAAGGGCAGGCACAAGGGAUGCCUUUGUAGUUGAACACUACAAAUUGGGAAGAACAGUUAGUAUGAGUUUCUGGUUUCCAUACUUACUGGUUUAUAGGUUGACCGGUUCUAUGUUUGCUGAUCUCUCAUGGCAUGUAGCUUAUUAAGAGUGAGCUCUUUAAGACGAUCUGAAUGAGGAUAAGUGGUCUGAGAUCACUCGGAUCAUGAUAGAUCAAAUGAAUUGAUCUACCACGAUCCAAGUGGUCUGGGAUCUCCGAUCCUAGUAAAUCCUUAUCAUCUCAAAGGUCAACCCACCCCAAGUGACACUGGUUUCUGCCGAAACAGUUCAUCAGCCAAACACCACUACACCAUAUCCACAAGUUCAGCUUUCAUUGGAACCUAGUCAUACCCAAUCCUCCAGCCACCGUAAGGAAACAGAUUUCAUACAGGCAGUAUCUUCCAUAAGUUUCCAGUCUGAUAUCUGGAAUGUAUGGGGCAGGCAUCAGGGAUGCAGUGUAGAGGAACAGUCACUUUAAGUACCUACUGAGUAGGCAUGUUGGUUAUCCUGCAUUUCCUGGAGUUGGGUGUCUGGGUCCUCUUGUGUCAUUUCCUGCUAGCUUGAAAAUCCUCUGGUGUGAUGUCAUCCAGGGUUGAUAUUAGAAAUGGACCAGGGUGCUGUUUAGUCUGGCCCCUCUCCCUAAGAGCAAUCCGGCAUUACCUUUCAGGAGCAUAAGCUCCCGCCAUCAUAGCUCUCGUGGUAACAAGGGCACACAAGCCUCCCCGCCACGACAAGGCACAGCACCAGGGGAGGAAUAACUGUUAACUCUUCUAAAAUGCUUUAUGAUGUGUAGCCUUCCAUGCUGCUAUGUGGGAAGGGAUGAGGUUUGUAACUGAGAAGUGGUCUAGUUCAUAAGUUGCAGAGUAGUAACCCUGUGUAGUGGUCAGCGGAUAAUUGCAGUAUCUUUAAGAAGCCAGUGGCAAAGCAAAGAAAUAUAUUAAGAUAUCGCCAUUUUUUUGGUUUUCUCGCAUUUUGCAUUUGUCCUUCAGUUCUGAAAUUAUUUGCAGGGGAAACAUAAAGUGCUGUGGGGGAAAAAUCAACUUUAGAAAUUGUUUUCAUCAUGAUCUACAUGUUCUUUUUUGUGAAGCACCUUAUCUACCUGGGAAACACAUAUCCCUAGUGAUAUGUGUUCUCCCACCUAGGAAACACGUAUCCCUAGUGAUAUGUGUUUCCCUACUCAUGAAACCAAUUUCCCCAGUGAUAUGCGUUCCUCUAACUGGGAAACACACAUCCCUAGUGAUAUGUGUUCCCCUACCUGGAAAACACAUAUCUCUAGUGAUAUGUGUUCCCCUACCUGGGAAACACAUAUCCCUAAUGAUAUCUGUUUCCCCACCUGGCAAACAUAUCCCUAGUGAUAUGUGUUCCCUUCCUGUGAAACGCAUAUCCCUCGUGACAUGUAUUCCCUACCGAGGAAACACAUAUCCCUAGUGAUAUGUGUUCCUCUACCCGGGAAACACAUAUCCCUAGUGAUAUGUGUUCCCUACCUAGGAAACACAUAUCCCUUGUGAUGUGUUCCCCCACCUGGGAAAAAGAAGAAGAUGCUAUCAACUGCGCCAUGAAUUUUUCUGAAGCCACGUUGUUCAGCUUUCAAAAUUCCUUUUUGAACCAUGUAGUCAUAAAGUCGAUUGUUGAGGAUUGAUGAAAAGAUCUUGCCUAGCGCAGAGAGUAAAGUGAUACCUUGGUAAUUUUCGACUUUGGAUCGAUCAACCUUCUUAUGAAUAGGUACAAUGAGGCCAAAACUCCAAAGAGCAGGGUAUUUGCCAGUAUCUAAGACUCGAUUAAAUAAAUUUACUAAAUGCCCUUUAAUGGCUUCCUUUCCGAUUCUUAUUAUUUCCUUUAAUAUAUUAUCGAUACCUGGAAAUUUGUUUGCCUUCAGUUUGUAAAUUGCAGCUUCGAACUCUUCAUCAGUUAUUGGAUAAUCAAUUGGACCUUCCACUCUUUCGUUACUGUGGGUUUCCAUAUUUGUCUCCAGAUCUAGUAUAUUAUUGAGAGGGGUCGCAUUCUGUUGCUAAAAGUAUUUAUAAAACUGUUCCGUACUCACUGCUUCAGCUCCAUGUGUUUUUCUUUUUCCUUAGUUAAAGAUUUUUCCUACAUGUAUUUGUCGCCAGGUCUCUUUGGAGUUCCGCAUAUUGAUAUUAGACAUGCCUUUGUAGUAGAGCAGAUAAGUGCUUCAAUUGUUCACUUUCUGUUAAAAGCAUGAAAUUUGGCAUGAUGAUAGUUUUCAAGACCCUAAAAAAAUAGGAUAUGGUGCCAUCGCCAAAAAGUCCGUUAAGUGCGAAAAAUAAGAGUUUUAAAAAUGGCGGUCAUUUUGAACCGGAAGUGAAAUUAACAUUUUCUUUAAAACGUCUGAAUUUUAGCAACUUGGAUAAGAAAAUGUCAGCAAAUGCCUAAGGCAGCUGUUUUUCAUACAAAGAGAUAUUAUUUCAACACAAAUUGUCUAAAAAAGUAGAAUAGAGAUGAUUUAAGUUAGUGGCCGCCAGCUACACCGGAAGUAAAACUGCCAGAGGGGGAACUUUUAAGGAAUGAGCUUAAACUUCUGUCGUUCCCGCCAAUUUCUUUAAAUCUAAAGUAUACACUCAAUUUAGUAUUUUCAUCAUAUAUAAUCAAUUACGUACUAAACUUAAGCCUACUUUGGCUAUGAUACAGAAUAUCGAAGAAGAACAGAUGAUAUCUCGGUGACCUAAUGACUUGAUACUUCAUGCAGACGAGUGCUUGUAAUCGAAAAAAAGAGUUGGGGAUUGCUUUUCACGAUGGUCACUCUUCUGGGCAAAGCCCUUCUUACGAGCGUACUUAACUAGUUCCACCCUCAACUUUGUAAUUAUUGACAGUGGUGUGCAGGAGAGUCGCCACUCUCCUCUUAGAGAUAUCCAGGCCCAAUCUUGCAGACUAGGAACCGAGAUGCUUGGUACCAGUGCCUCAGUGCUGACUCCAUAUGUGGCCAGCAUGGUUUGCCGUGCCCUUGAAAUGUUUAAGUAAUGCAGGCCGGGUCAAAGAAACUACUUUUGGCUUUGUCAGUUCACGGUAAAGAACUCCUUUUUCUAUCGCAUGGAAGAACGUAUAAGCGAAAACAACUCCGAUUAUUUCUGGAGGUGACCGGAAGUAUUCACCUUGUCACAUCCUGUGAAUGCAUGGAACGGAGGAAGUGCAAGUGCAGCCUUUUUAGUAAACACGUUAGCAAUCUCGUAGGCUGCAAGGUGGUAGCGUCGAUGUACAUUAGUACCAAGAUGUAUCGAGUGAUAAGGAUAAGCUAACUUGGCUUCAUGGGUAGUUAGAAUGGAGAUUGGACUCAAUGAAAAAUUAAUGUCUUGGACACAAAGAACAUAGAGACUUAAAAAGAAGGGAAUCUGCUUUGCGAUAUAGCAUAACCAUAAAUGCUUUCUAGUGAAUUGACUUUAAACGUUGCAGGGAAAAGACUGGACAUCUGGCCCUAGACCCCGGGGGGUGGACUCCACAUAUGAAAGGGCUGGGGAUGCUCGUCGUCUCGCUUAUGGGUGUGCAUUUCGGAUUUUGGUCUCACUUAGGGUGUUCUGGGCAAAACGCCAUCAUAUUUAGCCGUGAAGGUCUUGUUUAGGGUUGCACGCGAAAAAAUAUAAAAAUAUAUAUUUGAUAUGUAUAUUUUAAAUUCGUUUUUUUCACUCCAUUCAUAUAAUCCAAGUUUUGUCAUUUGUCUGUGUUUUAACAUGGUCUCUUUUAGGGGUCAAAAAAAGCUUGGGCCACGUCCAGAUCGGUCUCCUUUAGGGGUUUAAUUCAAAAUUUCCGACCAGCAUCCCCACCCCUUUCAUAUGCGGAGUCCCCCCCGAGCCCUAGAUGACAUGCAUUGCUCAAUGUGCAAGGAAUCUAAAAAGAACCUGCUUGUCUCGAUCUUUACAAAAGAAAUAACUUUUUCCAGUUUCUUAGUAGAGUUCCUGAUACAUGUUUACCCCAGAUCUUAGUCUUCAAGCUGUUCUCGGCGCAACAUAUUUGUCACAUACUAUGUCCAAGAGAAUACGUUUUACAUGCUCUGUGGAUUAACGUAAGUUAUGCACAUUCGGAAAAUGCUUUUUCCUUAUUUUCUUGCAUGUGGACUUAACAUGAUAAUCAGUGCUGCCCAGUCCAUGAUAAUUAAAUGACAUGGGGGUUACAUUGAAGAUUAGAGACUAACUCUCACUUCUGUCGAGAGAGGCGCAGAUUCACUUGAUAUUGAAAUACAGCUGAAUUAAACCGCCGCCCGGUUAGCUCCAGGUGGAUUAACACAAGUCUCCUGAGUGGGAAGCCGCGGUUCCAAACCCCAGCCGGACCAAUUCUCCAUCACAAUCCUUAAAUAACUGACGAGAAGUGUUGCCCGAUGUCAUCUGCAAAGGGUUAGACUUUCUAGUCUUCUUGGAACAAAAAAAACCUCUAGGGUCCCCGUCUCAAGGUCCUUGUUCAUAUAAAAUGCUGUGGGAAAUUAAACAACCUAGACACUGUUUGUAAAGAGUAGACUGAGUAGGGGACCCAUUUACCUUCCAAACAGAUUUCCCGGAAGCUUUUUGAAAACGGUAAACUUUGAAAUAAGCAGACGUUAUCGUAAAAGCAAUUUCAAUCCAAUAUGUACAUGCACACAAAAUGGUGGAGCUAUUAUACCUCAAAUUACUUUGAAAGCCGCAAAGCAUUCUGCAUUCUAGUUAAUAGUGGAUCAACUCUUUUAACCCUUACAAAUUCUUCAAACUGGUCUCUAUACAUUUCCUUAAAAGGAUAAGUUGAGAAAAUUUGAUUAAAGAUCAAAGCAUUUUCUCUUAGGUGAUAAUUUUAUUAAUUCUAAAAACCUAAUCUCUUGACCUUGUAUCAGGGGAUAUUGUGAGUCAGAAGAAACUUGAUGUUGGUCACUAUUGUGAAUUAAAUAGUUAAAACAAGUAAAAAGAAAUAAUCUGUUUUUUGCUAGUUUAAUUUGUUCGUAUGUUUGGCCUUUCCUAUGCAUAAAAAUGUGAGAAUCAUUGUUUCACAAAUUUUUUUUAAAUUCACUACCGAAAUGAAUUUCUUUGAGUAAGUUGCAUUUUCCAUUUUAUCCCACUUUUACCUCCGGUUCUUUCAUUUAAACCGCUAAUUUGUCACACGGUUGACUUUUUUAUAUGACAUAAAUAUCUAGAAAAACAUAGAACAAACAAUUUUGUCAUCAUUUUGACCUUAACAUGCUAAAUUUCAUGCACUUUCGGUUAGGUGAUGUCUACUUCCGGUCAAAAUGGCGGCCAUUUUAGUAAUACUCCAAAAACCGGUUUAACAGGAAAAAUUUGCGAUGGCACCAUAUCACAUAUUAAUAGCCACUAUUAGUUUAUGUAAUAAACAAUUUCAUCGUCAUUUCGGCUUUAAAAAGUGCUUAAUUUUGUGUACUUUCGGUUAGAUGAUAUUUACUUCCGGUCGAAAUGGCGGCCACUGUUAAUUUUCACUCCAAAAACCAGUUUAACAGGAAAAAUUUGCGACGGCACAAUAUCACAUAUUGAUAGUCAUAAUUAGUUCCGUCAUUCCUGAAAAUUUGGUGCUUUUAACAAAAAGUGAACAAUCCGACCCCAAAUCUGCACAUAUCCGCCCCACUAUUGCUGAUAGACUCCUGUUUCUUCCGUCUACAAGUUUGUUUGAACCUCUUCUUUUUGUCUCACAGUAGUUGUCUCAGUUCUGAAUUAUUAAUGUUAAGAGAAAUUUUCUCCCUAAGGGAUUGCAAGUUUUCUUUUUCUGUUCGGCAUUUCUGAUCGAACCAUUUUAUUUGUGAUUUGCAUUUAAUUUUGCUGCCUCUCGCUUUCCAUCCGGCUUCUUUGCAUGCUUCCAUCAAAGUUUCACUUAGUAAUUCAGACGCAGUAUCGAUGCAAUCAUGUUUGACAGCUGCUACUAACCUGGACUGAACUGUUUAUAUCAAUAGUGAUAUGUCUUCCCCUACUGGCCUCGCUGGGAAACACAUGUCGGCUACUUUCUGUCAUUCUCCUGCUACCUAAAAUCUUUUUGACAACCCUGUGUAAGAGAAAUAAAAUGUGCAAGCUGGAAAGCUAAAUAAACUUUUAGGUUUUCUAGUUAGCUUUCAAUUCCAAGUAGAGUACGUAUGUAAACAGUUGAAGAUAAGGAAAAGGAAUAGAUAAAUGAAUUAAUUAAUUAAAUUAAUAAAGGAUACACCGAAUGAAAAUAUGGGGAACUCUUGGUUAGGCUGGGUCUAGUUGCGCAAAAGUGAAGCUAGUGAGGCCUCAAGAGUUUUGUUUUGCCUUCACAUCUUGACAAUUGAGUCGAUCAAUAUGGUUUGUGUCGAGGUAUGAUGUGCUUAACAGCCAUCAAAGAGGAGAUUUAACCCCAGCAGAAAUGAAAGUUGAUUAUCUUCCCUUUGCCAAGGAUCUUUACUAAGAAUAUAGUAAUGGAUUCAAGCGUUUUCGUGCAGCAAAAGGAAGCACUUUACUAGAAUGGAGUUAAAAGAACAAAAGUGUGCUCACUUCACUUCAGAAGAGAAGAUUCACAAAACUAUUUGAACGGGAGAAUUCCUGAAGGAUGGUUCUGUUUCAAGCUCGCUUUGUCCAUUCUCUUACCAAGGAAAGGUAAACAUUCUCGAGAAUGAGUGAAUCUGCCAUUACAACUUAUCAAACCUUGGAGCUCUCAUGAACACUGCUGUGCAUGAAAUGUUUACAAUGAGGCCGAAUGUUUAAACAGUCUUCACAAUCCUGUGUUAAAGAGUUUGAGCAGUGCAAUGAAAGUAGCAAUUUUUAGAAAACCGCUGUUAGUCUAUCUUGAAACCCUUCGACAAGUUGGUAAAAUAGAUUGCGCAAAAGGGCAAAUGCUCAAAUGCUCGAAUACUUGCAUGCUUGAUCCCUUCCAGAACCUUUUUCCUUUUUCUUACUUUCUCAGUUUGCAAUUGUUUCUCUGUCAGUUUUUUCAGUGAACUUUGAUCAAAGGACUGUUCUUAACACAUGUUGCUUUCUCCUGGUGCUUACAUGGUUUCAUGGUUUCAUGGUUUCAUGGCCAGGCUUGUAGGAUUAACAGGCUGUUGUUUAUGUUGUAUUUCAUUCUCACUUGUCAUUAAUUGUAUAUUUAAAUGCAGCUAGCGCUGUUUCCAGGUGUUAAAUCUAAAAGACCUUAAAGUCGACAGCACAUGCUCCCGUUCCUGAGAAUGUCCACCUUUACCUUUCAUUGGAUAAGUAAGAGACCAAGCAAACAUUAUGGAACAGCACUAUCUCUUGCAAAAAUUCUUUCAUGCAAAUACUUUUGUGAGUCCUAUCUUCUUAAGCAAGAGAAGCGAGCACACUUGCAUUUUCGCUCUAAAUCAUUUUCCAUUACCACAACAAAUCACAUGAAUCCUUAACUUUCUUUGUGAAAAGAUUUCGGGAAAGUAAAGAUAGUUCCAGCUAGAUUAAAAUCUCUUUUUGGGGGGCGCUCAGGUACGUAACAACUCGAAGUGAACCAUAUUGAUCGACUCAAUUGCUAAGACAAGCAGUCAAAACAACACUCUUGAGUCCUCACUAGCCUUGCUUUCACACAACUAGAGUAGACCUGGGAUGGCCGAGAGGUCCACCAUAAUUUGCAUUUGGUGCAUUGAGUAACUGAAUAACAGAAAACAAAAAGAAGGAGCACACAAACCCACCCAUCCCCACCCACCCACCCCUCAGCUGAAAAGGACAAAGGUCCAGUUUACCAAAGAUUACCACAAAUGAAGUGGGAUUACCUGUAAUGUGACUAUCCAGAGAUUGGCCAGAUAGAAUUGCACAGGACAUGUAUGUGAUUUAGUGGUAUCGUUCUACAACAUUCUCAGAUCGAUGGAUAACUUUCCAGAUCUGGCUCUUUGUCUAAGUUGUAUUUACCUAUUUGUCUAUAAUGUAAACCUUGAAUAAAAGCUUGUAUAAACAUGCAGGCCAGUGUACUAAGGGCAGGAUAUAUGAAAGCUGAGAGGUAUCAAGUUUACAAAAACUCCAUGAUAUUGCUGCAAGCACUAGAAGUACGUAGAAGUAUCCAGGCUGAGUGUUUUUAAAGACAUAUCAUCUCAAGGAGAAUGUUGAUUUCCGAGCCCCUAGAUUUCAUAAUUUUCUGGGGAAGGAUGCCCGGGGAUCCCCCAACAAACUCGCGGUCCUUUUCAAGCCCCUCAGUUAACAACAUGCAACACUGUCCCCGAAAAUUGCAUCUGUUUGCAAGUUGCUUCAUAAACCAUCCUCACAUUAACUAAAAAAACUGGAUAAAAAGUGUGGACACUUUCUCUAAACUAAAAAGUUUUUUUAAAUGCUGGAGAAUACUUUUAGGUCAUGAAACAUGGGACUCAACCAAAUAACAUAAACAGAAUUAAGAAAAAAUUCAUUUCGACCUUGAAAGGAACGGCCUAUAAAGUAUAGUUUUGCUCAAUACAAUGGAUAAUUUGACCCAAAAUGAGGAACGCCAAGAUAGGCACUUGACUUUCAUGUGAAAAUUCUGGUUAGCGUUGCACGCAAAAGGAUUUCGUAAUUCUUUCCACAUUCAGCAAGUGCAGCGCAUUGCUCCAAUAUUCAAUGUUUGUUGGAGCAUUAAUUUUGAGAGCCUUUUAAAAAGCCUGUUAAAUGUGGGAUUUUUUGAAUGAAAAAUUUUAAUGAACAAACCACUGUCAGACAGCUUUCUGAGACUUUAGAUAUUUCGGCUGUGUUUAGUAGGAUGUUUACAUUCGAUUUAAUGGUUUGGCGCAUGGGAAAAUCAUUGAAUGGUCGCUCGGAGGAGGAUUUGACGCUUUCUGAUGUGCUAGCUGGUAGGGCAUUUGACUAUGUACACUGCCAACAUACUGGGGAAUUCGACCAAAAAAAAAUUUUAAAAAGUCUUGAAAAUGCCUGGGGGCUGAUGGGCAGUUUUGGAAUUGACUGGAACAUAACAUAGCCAAAACUCAUUCUACAUCACUGAUUAGGUUUGUGCAAUUCGAACGAAAAAAAAUUGUUUCAAAGUGUUUUCCCCAGAAUGUUGAAAUAAUUAUUAUUUGCUUAAUGUCUUUUCCUAUUUAACCGUGUUUAAGCAAGGCACAUUUAUAAUGUAAAAUCCGAAUUUCUUAAAACGUAUAUCUCGAAUGAUGGAAUAAAGUCAUGCUGGAUAGAGCUGGCACGUACUGCACAAAAAAAUAUUGUAAUAGGCCGUGUCUAUAGACAUCCUAAAGGUAAACGAGACCUAUUUCAUAGUAUUUUGAAAAAACAAUUAGAACAACUUAAUACCAAGGGACACGAGGUGUCGGUCCUUGGGGACCUCAACGAGAAUCUAUUGAAAUAUAAUGAAGAUAAACAAACGUCAGAGUACCUAGACAUGCUUCUUAGCUUAUGUUUUAUGCCAAUUAUUACCAAACCAAACCAACCAGAAUAACAGACCAUACGGCCACACUUAUCAAUCAUAUAUACACGAAUACGCCCGAAAAGCUAAUUAAAUCUGGGCUCUGCCUUGCUGAUAUUUCUGAUCAUCUACCAGUAUUCUGCACAAUGGCCAACACACUGCAUACAAAUAAUGAACCAAGGUUUUUUCGAGACUUUAGACAUUUUAAUGAAAAUGCCUUUCACCAAGAUUUACUUGCAGUUGACUUCAAAAGCUUGAUAUCACCUGAUGUUAAUGAAAGUGUAACUACUAUUGUAGACAAUCUGACCGCUAUCACAGACCAAGAUGCUCCUUUGUGCAAAGCAUCAAAACGGCAACGAAAGCAUUUAGAAAGGCCUUACUUUUUGAAAGCAAUCAUGCACUCAAUCAGACAAAGAGACAAAUUAGUAAACACUAAUUUACACAGUACGGACCCAGGCAAAGUAAAAGAGUAUAAAGCAUAUAGCAAUAAGUUGAAUAGGAUUAUCCACGCAGCUAAAAAGAAUUAUUUUUCUAAACAAUUUGAACUGAACAAAGAAAACAUAAAAUGCACAAGGAAAUUAAUUAGCAAAGUAAUAACUACAAAAAAAGAAAAUACUCAACAUACAAUCAAGAAACUGCUGCGUGACAAUAGAAUUUAUGUAGACAAGCAGAGUAUUUGUGAUCAAUUAAACAGCCAUUUUAUAAAUGUAUAAAUGUUGGAAAUGGCCUAGGAGAUAAACUACCACAACAUGACAUAGACCGUUCAGUGUAUUUAGAUAGAACUAUGACACCAAAAUAAUGGUUUUAUGUUCCGUGGCAUUUGCCCGACUGAAGUAUAUGACAAAAUAAUGAGUUUGAAAGUAGACAAGUCGGCAUUAGAUAUUCCAAGAAUAUGCAUAAAAUACGCAGCAAACCAUAUAUAUGAGGCAUUAAGUAUGGUUUUCAAUCAAUCUCUAUUGCAUGGAAUAUUUCCGGAAAAUUUUAAAGUUUCAAAAGUCACACCAAUAGAUAAAGGGGGUGAGGAGAUGGAUCCUUUUAAUUACACUCUCUGCACUAACCCAAAUUUUCAAAAAAAUCAUUUGUGAACAGCUUGUUAAUUACUUGGAAAAGCAUAAAAUCCUAUACAAGUUCCAAUUCGGCUUUGGGUUAGGGUUAGGGCUUUGGGGUGGCCCUAUUUGGCGCAGAAUAUUCUAAAACACAGAAUAUACGGAAUACUCUUAAACACAAAAUUUACAGAACGUUCUGUACUUGAUUUGAACUGGACCUCUUGACAAAAAAGCAGAGGCAAAGAAUACACAGUUGUUGUGAAAUCAUGUUAAAAAUUCAAUUUUCGUACUGUCGUACACCAUAGACCUUUAAUAUGACGAUUUCAAAAGCCAUCUUGAUGGGAAAAGGUUCUUGUAUGGGAAUCUAAUGUCAGAUGAUUUUCACAAAACGGCUGUUCUGAAAACAAAAAAAGAUUUGUAAACUUAAGCUUCAUAGAAAAGGAUUGUACUAACAAUAAAUGGGGGCCGUCCUUGUGCCUAAAUCUGUCCGGUCACUUGCUUUAGAUUUGCCAGACAUUUGUCUGCAUUUUUUCAUGGGAAACUUAAGACAAAUUUACUUGAUGAUCUUACUUAAAUGUGGGUUGUAAAAUGCACAACAUCGCUUUUCAACUCGUUAAAAGGUCUAUUCUCUUUUUUGUAGUCAAAAAAGUGAUUGAUCAUUAUUUUUAGUCUUAUUUUGACUGAAAACAAAUAAAGAAAAGCAUGGGUUGACCAAAAGCAUGGGUUGACCCCUUUGGAAAAAUAUGAUUUUUGGGACUUUGAAAGUCUGAAUUUAUUAUGCCCAAAAAAAGGUUUCUUUGUUAUGUAGAACAUUAUUAAACAUUAUUCCUAGUCUUAUUUUGACCGAAAACAAAUAAGAAAAAAAAAUACCUUUUUUGACCAAAAGCAUGGGUUGACCCCUUUGGAAAAAUGCAAUUUUGGAGACUUUCAAAGACUGAAUUUUUUAGGGCCAAUAAAAGUUUCUUUUCUUUCUAGAACAUUAUUAAACAUUAUUUGUAGUCUUAUUUUGACCGAAACAAAACAAAGAAAAAAAUUGUAUUUUUUGACCAAAAUCACAGGUUUACCCUUUAGAAAAAUGCAAUUUUUAAGACUUUGACAAAUUUUUUAUGGCAAAAAAAGGGGUAAUUUUUAUUAUCUAGAAAUUCCUUAAACAUUAUUUCUUGUCUCAUUUUGACCCAAAACAAACAGAGAAAAAAUUGUCUUUUUUGACCAAAAUCAUGGGUUAACCCCUUCGCAAAAAGGCGCUGUUUGGCACUCUGAAAAAAUUUUUUAUUUUACAGUGUAAAAAGGUUUCUUUAUUUAUAUUAUCUAGAAUGUCAUUAAACAUUAUUUCUAGUCUUGUUUUAAAUGAAAACAAUUGAAAACAAAAAUUGCAUUGUUGACCAAAAUUGUGGGUUAACCCCUUUGGAAAUAUGCGAUUUUUGGCACUCUGAAAAAUUAUCUUUUUUACAGUGUAAAAAGGUUUCUUUAUUAUCUAGAAUGUCAUUAAACAUUAUUUCUAGUCUAGUUUUAAACGAAAACAAUUGAAGAAAAAAAUUACAUUUUUGACCAAAAUGGUGGGUUAACCCCUUCGGAAGAACGCGAGUUUUGGGACUUAUAAAAAUUGACUUUGCUAUAGUCAAAAAAAGGUUUCUUUUUUAUCUAGAUAAUCACUCAACAUUAUUUCCAGUCUUAUUUUGACCAAAAACGACAACAAAAAAAUUUGACAUUUUUGGACCAAAAUUAUUGGAAAAAUGCGAUUUUGGGGAAUUUGAAUUAUUGGUAAAAAAGGUUUCUUUUCUAUCUAGAACAUUACAAUAUAUUAAACAGGGCUUGAAAUUAACAAAAUUCUCAGGUCGCCUUUUCGCGACAACCUGGAGAAAUAUAGUUGCCAGAUGCAAAUUUUUAGUCGCCAGUUUGUAUAGUGUAAAUGAUGCAGCUCAGGGCUUGUGAUAUUUCGCGCGGUUGCGAGGCUGUGAAAUUCAAGUAAAUCCACGAAAUUCACAAAAGCAUGCAAAAUACUGCGAAAUACGUUGAUUCAGGAAAAAACUGGAAGUUGCAUGGAAGCGAGGCCUAAGGGCCCUCAUACUCAAAAUGGCGACGUAACAACAAGAUUCUUGUAACCAAAAUAAGACAAGUGCUGCACCCACAUAAAAUAAUCAAAGAGAAAAUCGGCCGGAUCUCACCUAUAUACCAAAAAAGUUUCAUCAGAUCCUUAAUCAAGUAGAAGAUGGGAAAAAGGAAUAUUGCUGUUCAGAGCAUUUUGUACCAAACAAUUACAGAAUUAGUCUUACCAGACAUAGAAAGGUCGACUUAAAAACAGGAGGCAUCCUUUACUGUUUCUGCUUGGUCUUCAGCCAAAUCAAAUGUUAAAGAAUAACGGAGACAUAAGCAAAAAUUAUCCCAUGAGAAAAAAAAUGGUCAGAAGAAUCGUCAUUAAGCGAUAAAGUACAAGCUGUGAAUUUUUUUAGGUCUUCCAGCGAUCGAACAAUAUUUGCUGAAGUGAAACGUUUAGAAGUAGAAAUCCUUAAAAAAAUAACUUCCUAAAGCAAGGAAGAAGGAGAAACUUUUCACAAUUGGUCUGCAACGCGUUUUGUAAAACCAAACAUCUGACAUUCAUUUAGUCUGCACAGGGUUUUGAGACCAUGAAACUUUACUUUACUUAUAGCGUUUUGGAAGUAUUAUAGAACCAAGCGUUUCCCAUCUAAUGUAUUAUAGCAGUGUGAGAGAUGCCACUCAAGCGAAUACUCACGAUGUUUUCCAUUCAUAAAUACACCUGGAAAAAAUGUUUUUCAAAUUUUUACUUUUGGGGGGAAGGGAAUGGAUAUAACGUAUAAUAUCACACACAAUUAAUAGUUAGUGUGCAAACAUUUAAUUUGUUGUUACAGGUUGUGACAUGAUAGAGAUGACAGAUUAUAACAAGGGAUUCUUCACA